AUGCCUGGUAUCGUGGUAUUCCGACGUCGAUGGAGCGUCGGCAGUGACGACCUCGUCGUGCCCGGUGCUUUCUUGUUCAUCCUCCAUCUGAUAUGGGUGACAGUGCUGGGUGUUCUACUGGGGAUACUCAAAUGGGAUCACAGUGUUACGUGUAUUCUCUUACUGUGGGAAUACGUACUGGGAUACUUGGCCAUUUUCGUGGUCUCCAUGGUGGUAGAAUUUUCCAUCUGCUUUCUGGCAACUAGAGGGAGCAUUCUGGACACUGCGGCCAGAGCGCCAAUGCAAUACGUUCUCUACGUUCGACUUUUCCUGUUACUGGUAGAGACUGGCUGGUUGUGCACAGGUGUCACGUGGCUGGUCCAUUACUACCAAACAUGUCCCGUUGACCAGAUCAAAGAUGUAAUGCUAGGUUUAGUGAUAUCAAAUUGGUGCGUAUUGGCCUCGGUGAUGGUAACUGUAUGGUGCACGUACGACGCAGCAGGCAGAUCGUGGGUGAAAAUGAAGAAAUAUCAACGCAGUAUGAGGGAGGCGGAAUCAAGAUGUGCGAAAUUGCAUUACAACCGAAGCGGCAGCAGAAACAGAAAUUGGCGGCAAAGAAAAGUUAUACGAGCGUACCAGGAUAGCUGGGACAACAGGUGCAGACUUCUGUUUUGCUGCAUGGGUAAUUCUGAUAGAAACCGAAAUUCGUUCGCGGACAUCGCCAGACUAUUGAGCGACUUCUUCCGUGACCUUGACGUAGUUCCAUCGGAUGUGGUCGCGGGGCUGGUUCUAUUGAGGAAGUUCCAGAAAAUCGAACGGGAGCUGAUAGUGAAGCAACGGAAGAACGAUACGUACGAGUUUCUGUCCGGUGUGCCAGUUACUCCUCGCACUAAAUUCUUGUCCUUGACCGAGGACGGUGAUCUGGGCCACUUUCAGUCGGCCAUUCAUUACAUGCACUUCGCCCUAGCUGCUUAUGGCUGGCCAAUGUUCCUCAUUAAAGAUUCCACCGGCCUUUGUCAGUUGUGCGCAAGAUUACGAUGCAGCUGUUUCCCGUGCUGCGGCCACGAAGACGAGGCGACCGUGGUAGAGGACAAUUGUUGCCAGUGCAAUUACGCCGCUCUGAGAAAGAUGGUCGACGUCGCCGAGGUGGAGGUCAUUUACGCGACUUUUCACGUCGACGUCGGUGAGACGCCGUUCUUCGUCGCUCUCGAUUACACGAAGAAAAAGGUUGUCGUUAGUAUACGAGGAACCCUCAGCAUGAAGGACGUAUUAACAGACUUGAACGCGGAGGGUGAAGUGUUACCAUUGUCACCACCGAUAGAGGACUGGCUGGGCCACAAGGGGAUGGUCCAAGCGGCCGAAUACAUUCGGAAAAAGCUCCUCGAGGAGGGAAUUAUAUCUCGUGCUCUAGCCAAGGACGCAUCGAGGGGAACACAUCAAUUCGGUCUGACACUCGUUGGUCAUUCUUUGGGAGCAGGAACAGCAGCUAUCCUGGCGAUUCUACUUAAGCAAGACUAUCCAGAUCUGGUGUGCUUUUCGUUCGGUCCACCGGGUGGUCUCUUGAGCAUGCCUGCUCAGCAAUACUCGCAGGAAUUUAUUACAUCCGUAGUAGUUGGGAAAGAUGUCGUACCUAGGAUAGGCCUUAGACAGAUGGAGAGCUUAAGAGCCGAUCUUAUCAACGCUAUAAAAAGAAGCGUCGAUCCGAAAUGGAAAACGAUAGCGUGCUCCGUGAUGUGUUGCGGUUGCGGUUCCACUCCCACCUCAGCUGCAAAUUUAGAGGCUGGCGGAUGUAUCAGCGAGUAUCAGAGGGACAAGGACCUGGCUCGUUCGCAAACCGUUGUCCCAAGCGACUCCAGCAUUGCGUUGACUUUACACAGGCCUCUCUAUCCACCUGGUCGAAUCAUACAUGUUGUCCGACAUCAUCCUAACAAGGGAGAGCAGAAGUAUGAGAGCCGUUGGAGACAAAUGUUACACAAACACGAGCCGGUGUAUCAAGCGUUAUGGGCGGGCCCGUGUGACUUCGACGAGGUGCUGAUAAGUCCAGUGAUGAUACAGGACCAUAUGCCGGACAAUAUGCUGAAAGCGUUGAACAAGGUUGUAACGACCCUGGGGCCAGCGAAGCCGCAGAGGCUCGCUUCCGGUCACGCAUCGUCGACGGAGGCGUCGGAGGCGCGCGAGGUCGUCGAGGUGCAGGAGAUGGAGAUCGAGCAGGAAAUGAGAGCGUUGCUGUCGUCGUCCAGCCCUGUAAAGACGCAUCCGAGUAACCUGGCUGGAACGCCGCCUCACAGACUCUGCCUGGAAACGUCCUUCACAUCCUUGCAGAGCCCCUCGGAGUUCCCCCAAGCUGGACGCGAGCUGAGCGUCGACUCGAGGGGGAUUCCCUGGGAGUACGUCAGCCUGGCCAGCGAAUUGCUCAACACGCCCAGGGCCGACGAGAGUAAAUCAUCGAAUCGUCGAGGCGAUUGGGAAGACAGUUCACGAGCGGCGCCGUUGGCCACUCCGGAAACUCUGUCGGAAGCGUCGAGCAGUCCACCAUCGCCGGUACCACCACCGAGACCAAUGAGACGAACCCCCAAGAUCUCGGGAAACUUGUCAACGGCGGCGGACGACUUGAAGAACAACCUUCACUUCGCCAUGCUCUCAGCGAAGAACUACUUUCUGAGGGAGGGGAACAACGGCAGUAACACAAGCAGCGGAAAUAGCGAGGCGAGCUACGAGAGCGCCAAGAGCUUAACCGCUGGUCUUCCGCCGCCAGUACCGAGAAGACGGGAUUCCGUCCUUGUCAGAAGAGAGCAAAGAGUGUGCACAGCUGCCUGCUGUAGGGACGAUUUGUCCGAAAACUCCUCGUCGCACACAUCUACUCAUUCCUCUGGAACGUCUCACGCGUCGAAUCAGAUACAAUCGGAGUUCCCACUGGAGGAACCAGGAACGAACAGAUCCAGUCUAGAUUUUUACGAAGCGAAGGAUUCCUCUGGACAACGCGAUAGCAGUAACGACGUGUUCCUCAGUGUGAGAAGUUCUCCAGAAUGUUUAGGCCUGAUGGCACCAGCCACAGACUUAGGAGCAGAGUGGAAGAAGAAAUUCGACGCGACAGGAACGCCCGCUGAUGCUUCGCUUCCCCUAUUACGUGGAUUAUCACCUACACCUACGCACGGACAACAUAGUUCACCUUUCUUCAACGCAAAACGCAAGAAAUACGUGUAUCCGAUCACGCUGGUUGGCCGAGGCGAAAGUAGCGUUUAAUUGCAAGAAGUUAGACUGAUCGGGGACCAUAAAAGAGAGGCAGGAUAGAUUUAAAAGUAACUACUAGGUGUCUGUGCCAAUGUCGCAUUAAUACGAUAUGUGAUUGUUCAGAGUCGUUCGUAUAUGCCCACAAGUGGAUGAACAUGCGAAAUAUUCUAAAA